GCUGAGGUGGAACGGCGUGCAAUGCUGGUUGUGUCGAAGCAAUGACUGGUCAUAACAAUCGGCAUCAGGUCAUCUGGUGAGAUUAUCUUUGUGGUUGGGGGCAGCUAUUUGAGAUUGUGUGCAGUGCUGUAGCUUAUGAGCGAUAGGGAGGACACUAGAGAGGACGACCGAAUCUUGCGAUCGGCUAGACGUCCGAUUGCCCAUUUGGCAUUAGGACCAGAGGGAGACAGGUACCUGUUCCGCCAGCGUAGGGAGAGGUUACAGCAGCAGAGGCGGGUUAGAGCAGUUGAGGCUAGCAGAGCACUAGUAAGUGAAGCCGCAGCUUCGGAAGCCAUGGCCACUUCUGCGCAGCAGACUACCGAGGCUAGCAGUUCAGGUUCUGUUGGGUCAACGGUUGCACAGACCCAGAGUCAGUCCGCUGGCAUUAUGGCUAGCCAGCCAUUGGUGUUGACAACCGAGAAGGUCGCCAUACAGCGAGCUGCUGCUCGCGAGGCACAACUACAGCAGGCUUUAGGAGAGAUUAAGGUUGAGAAAGAGAGAAUGAUUAGGAGAAGAGUCAGGAUGCAGCGGAGAGAAGCGGACGUUAGUGAGUUAGAGGGGAUGAACCCUGCAGAAAUGGAUGAUGAUGUGAGAACCAUACGGUCGGUUCUGUUAAGUGUAGUGAAGAUGCAGAAUCACCAGACGGAUAUCUUACAGGACAUCCAACAGAGUCUGGCUGUAUUAGUCGGGCGGAUGCAAGCGUCACCAUCGCCGUCCGGGCCAGGUAUGUUUGUGGUUCGGACUCUGGAUGUGAUUGUCUUCGAUUAUAUGCAUAUUCUUUGCAAUGCUCCUGGCACCUUUCAGCACGCUAUGAAUCGGAUAUUCCAUGACUACUUGGAUAAGUUUGUCAUCGUGUACCUCGAUGACAUACUUAUUUUUAGUAAGACUGUCGAGGAGCACGUUGCGCACUUGGACAAAGUCUUGAGUCUUCUGCGACAGCACAAGUUCAAGAUCAACGGUGAGAAAUGCGAGUUUGGCCGCACCCGUGUCUUGUACUUGGGUCAUGAGAUUUCCGUGGAGGGAUUGAAGCCCGAUGACGCGAAGGUGGCCAGCAUUCGUGACUGGCCGAGUCCUCAGUCUGUGAUUGAGAUGAGAUCUUUCUUAGGGAUGACCAGCUACUAUCGCAAUUUCAUGAAGAACUAUAGCAUAGUUGCCGCCCCUUUGAUUGAUCUAACCCGCAUUGACACCCCAUGCGAGUGGACUGAGAGAUGCGAGACUGCUUUCAGACAUCUGAAGCAUGAGUUGACGCAUUACGAGGUCGUGAAACUUUCUGAUCCUGACAAGCCAUGUAUAGUCUGUCAGAGGGACAAGCCACGUACUCAGGCUCCUCUUGGGCUCCUGAAGCCCCUUCCGAUUCCGGAAAGGCCUGGUGAGAGCCUGUCCAUGGACUUCAUGGAUACGCUGGUCACCAGGAAGAGUGGAAUGCGCUACAUCUACGUCAUUGUGGAUAGGUUUAGCAAGUUUGCUAGGUUAGUUGCAAUGCCGGUAACAACUAAGACGGAGUAUGUGAUUAAAAUGUUUAAGGAGAAUUGGGUUAGAGAUUUUGGAUUGCCAAAGUCUAUCGUUAGCGACCGGGACGUGCGAUUUACCAGCGAAUUGUGGAGAGCAGCAGCUGCAGAGCAAGGCACGCAACUGCAGAUGACAUUAGGCAAUCAUCCCGAGGCAAACGGGCAGGCUGAACAAAUGAACCGCGUUGCACAACACCUGCUAAGGCAUUACAUCAAGCCAAAUCAGGAAGAGGUGAUGCCUAAAGACCAGCUGUUGAUGGACUGCACUUUCAAAGGAUGGAAGCCAAGGCGACUCAGAGGGGGGGUAGAAAUGCUUAUACCGACGAAAAACGAAUGGAGAGGAACCACGUGCGAUUAUGUUGGGUUUCAAGUUGCCCCGGAUCUAUUAUACCUAUGGAUAGAACGAAUCUGGAACCCGAUAAGGGAAGAGGAAGGAUGGGACGAUAUAGUGGAAGGAAAGGUGGAAUCAGUCGGAACGAUUGUUCUUUCCGAGAAAGGGUGGCACUUGUUUUGCACUACGCUAGCAGCGGGACAUGAUCCGAUGUGGCUUAUGGUAAACGCGGAGGCAAGGACGCGAAAAGAGGGUGAGAGGUUCGCUAACGAAGUGUGGGAUGAGGUAGCUGCGAGCAGGCCAUUUUUCUGUGCUGACGUUGUCAGCCUGGAAAAAGUGAGUGGGUCUGCUUACACGCGCAUUGAGUACCGAGCUGAGUUUUCUGGCUUAGCGACUAUAUCACGUAGCAAUGGCCUUUUUGGCUAUAGGCCAAGGCACUUAAAGUUUUACUGGAGCUGGGCGCCUAUGCGUGAAGAGGGAGUUACGGUGGAUGUCUGUCUGAGUUAUAGCAAGAGUGAAGGGCAGGCUAGACUGAGAAUCAAUGUCUACGGGGGGAAGGAGCAAGAGAUGAGGGAAGAUGCAAAAAUACAGGGUGUGGUCACCGAGGCUCGUAGCAGGGCAGAACGGAGAUGCAGACGAGACGGGGUGACUGCGACGUUCCGAGUUACCGUUACUUACCAUGAGGAGGAGACCUCCACGAGCACGACAGAGAGGGAGCAACAAGAACUGGACCGGGACUCUGAGGCUGAAUCCGAAGCUAGCGAGGACCUGACCCAGUCCUGGCACGGGCUGGAACAGUGGAGGAGAGAGCACCCGCCAGCUGAGUCACUAAAAGAGGAAAUAUUUGGGCCUCGGGGGGAGCGAGCAAAUUGGAACUCGCCUGGAGGAAUGCAGCGUGCCGUGAUCAUCCUCAAUGACCUAGAAAUAGCAGCAGUAGAAGCCGAGCCGGUAGCUGAUAUCGUCUGGGACCAACCCCCAGGGCGCGGGGCACAACUUAACUGUAUCAUAGAAAGUGACGGACGCGAUAGGGUGAACGCGACUACUCGACUGGGAACGGCAGGAAGAAGAGUUAUCUGUGAUACAAUGAUGGAGGAGGUUGCGGGAAGCACCGCGGUCCAAGCAGAGCCUGAAAUCGCAGAACCGGAGAAAGUUUAUGAAAAGCCUAGGGAAGAGGAACCUAUGGACAAAGUCACCACUACAAAAGAAAAGUUCAGGUAUCAAAUCCCGAUCCUAACCACGUCGGAGAUCGACGACACUCUUAGCAAGUUGCUAGGAAUCAUGGUAUCAGUAUCUUUUCAGACCAUGUUGCAAGCAAGCCCCAGACUGCUCAAAGGGCUUAGACAACUAUUGACUCGCCAACGAGUGGAGGUAGACGAAAAUCCAGAAUCACAGGAAGAGGAAAAGGAGGAGGAGACUCCGCAAGAAGUCGCUAACCUUCAAAGGAUCCCUGGAGACUUGGAGGAUCUGGAAAAGGUUUUCGCAGACAUCCGCUUGAGCUUACUGGAUCGUGAAGGCGGGGAAGUCAUGAGAGCGCCUCCCGGAACGAAGCUUAGUUUCCACGCGCUGCCCAUAGGGAAGCUAAAAGUGCAGAUCGGGACUCAUCACACAAACGCUCUAGUAGAUGGAGGUGCGAAAAUCACACUUAUAAGGAGAGAUUUCGCAACAUGUACCGGCUGUGUAGUUAACAUGGAGGUAAUAUGAAGCAUCCGAGGAGCCGGUGGCAAGAUCCUGUUUUCAGGAUAGGUCACCAAAUGU